AUGUAUAAGAAAGCCAAGCUUAUGCGACGCGCAUCGCUCCAACGAGUCUGUCUAGAGUUUGGGACGAAUAGUCCCAGCAUAAGGAUAUUGUUGCAUGCCAUUGUGGAGUCAAGGGUUCUGUUAAUGGCGGAUGUCAGACCAACUCAGACGCAACUAACAGUCACUGGCUGUCAAUUGGAUCGACGAAUAAGUAAGCGGGUGGCAGGAUCCAGCCAUGCGUCGGUUUCACUGUUUACUUUGCAAGCCGACAACCAAUCAUUGCAAACAUCCAUCCUGCAAGGUCCCUACGGCCUCAGGAGAGGUGCAGUGAUGAGUACACCUAGCCAGCAAGCACUAGUAUUACCAAGAAUAGACAAAUUAAAGGCAAUUAAAUUAAAUGAUGGUGUGAAAGGGGAGUUACGUGCUCUAUUGGAGACAGAGAAUCUGUGCUUGAACGUACUUCCUCCCCCCCAUGAAUCACAGAAAGUGCCCGUGGGAAAGGGAAAGUCUUCAUUCAUAUUCCUAGUAGAUCAUGCUGGUAUCAAAGAAACAGGUGUCCAGGGAAAGCUUGCAGCCAAGCUCAUCCCAAGAUACACUUUUCCUGGGGGUGGUUCUUUGAAUAGCAAACAACAGAAGCACACAAAAGAGUUUGCACAGAAAGAAGCCAAAUAUCUGAUGGAACUGAGCCACGAGCAUCCACAUAUUUUAUACUGCUACGGUCUAUUUGUGAACCCUGUAUAUUGGGUCAUUCUCACCGAAUAUGCUGAACAAGGCGACGUCUUUAACUACUAUACAGGAUACAGGGCAACACAUAAUGACAACUGCCCUGCCGAAAGAUUUAUACACCGAGACAUAAAAUCUGAGAAUAUGCUAAGAACAUCUAAAGCAACUCCUGAUUUCACUUCACUGCAAGGAAUAACCGUUCUCGGUGAUUUUGGAUUUAUGGUUAAGAAAGAUUCUAAAGGGAAAGCAGAAGGUUUUGUUGGGUCAACAGGAUUUUAUGCUCCAGAGUUGCUACUGAAUAGUAAUAAACCAUACUCAGACAAAGUAGAUAUGUGGGCUAUAGGAGUUAUAACAUACACCUUUCUAGCAAAAUGCAAUUUUCUUAAUGAUGUUAGGUACUUUCUUGACAAGGAAAAGACUUUAUUUACAAAUGCUUGCAUCCAGAUCCAACUAAAAGAAUUUCUGCAAGAAGAGCACUUCUUCACCCAAAAGAAGUCCCUUUGA